GUGUUCCCGGAAGUGGUCCGGCGGCGGCGCGCCCGGCCCGGGCGGUGCUCGCUCCUGCGCUGGGCGCCCGGGCCGGGUGUCGCCAUGACCAGCGAGCUGGACAUCUUCGUGGGGAACACGACCCUCAUCGACGAGGACGUGUAUCGCCUCUGGCUGGAUGGUUACUCGGUAAGCGACGCGGUGGCCCUGCGGGUGCGUUCUGGGAUCCUGGAGCAGACGGGCGCCACCGCGGCGGUGCUGCAGAGCGACACCAUGGACCACUACCGCACCUUCCACAUGCUCGAGCGCCUGCUGCACGCGCCGCCCAAGCUGCUGCACCAGCUCAUCUUCCAGAUCCCGCCCUCGCGACAGGCGCUGCUCAUCGAGAGGUACUAUGCCUUUGACGAGGCCUUUGUGCGGGAGGUGUUGGGCAAGAAGCUGUCCAAGGGCACCAAGAAAGACCUGGAUGAUAUCAGCACCAAAACAGGCAUCACCCUCAAGAGCUGCCGGAGACAGUUCGACAACUUUAAGCGAGUCUUCAAGGUGGUGGAAGAAAUGCGGGGCUCCCUGGUGGAUAACAUCCAGCACCACUUCCUCCUCUCUGACCGGCUGGCCAGGGACUACGCAGCCAUUGUCUUCUUUGCCAACAACCGCUUUGAGACAGGGAAGAAGAAGCUGCAGUACUUGAGCUUUGGCGACUUUGCCUUCUGUGCUGAGCUCAUGAUCCAGAACUGGACUCUCGGAGCUGUUGACUCCCAGGUGGACGACAUGGACAUGGACUUAGAUAAGGAGUUUCUCCAGGACUUGAAGGAGCUCAAGGUGCUGGUGGCUGACAAGGACCUUCUGGAUCUACACAAGAGCUUGGUGUGCACCUCUCUCCGGGGAAAACUCAGCGUCUUCUCUGAGAUGGAAGCCAACUUCAAGAACCUGUCCCGGGGGCUGGUAAACGUGGCCGCCAAGCUGACCCACAAUAAGGAUGUCAGGGACCUGUUCCUGGACCUGGUGGAGAAGUUCGUGGAACCCUGCCGCUCCGACCACUGGCCACUGAGUGAUGUGCAACUCUUCCUCAAUCAGUAUUCGGUGUCUGUCCACUCCCUGGAGGGCUUCCGGCACCAGGCCCUCUGGGACCGCUACAUGGGCACCCUCCGCGGCUGCCUCCUGCGCCUCCAUCGCGACUGAGGCCCCUCUCCCACUGCCCUGUCCACCCUCACAAUAAAGUUGCCAUGCGUUUGGAGACA